UUGUGAACAACCAGUCUUUAACUGGCCGGUCCAAAACCACCGGUUCAGUGCACGAACUCCAGAGCGGAGCAUACUGAUUACGGAGGAGAAAGCGGUCGUCGCUGCUUUCAGUGACCAAAUUUGAUUCUUCCUUUUUUCCAUUCGCAUUUUUGAGACUUUCUCGCAAUCCUCUCCGGCUCUUCAGUUUGGGGAGUCGUGGAGGAGGAAUUGAGGAUCAGAACCCAGAAUAGCAAAUGGAUCAGAAUCUUCUGCAAGAUGCCAAAGAGCAUCCCAGAGACAACUAUAUGCUCCUCAAAGAUGUGGAAGACAAUCGGUUGGGAAUCUUUGACAGACCUCUUCCUUGCUUUGGUUGUGGAAUAGGAUGGUUUUCUCUGCUGCUUGGUUUUGUAUUCCCAUUCAUGUGGUAUUAUGCAACAAUUCUUUACUUUGGGAAUUACUACCACAAAGAUCCAAGGGAGCGAGCAGGGCUUGCUGCCAAUGCGAUAGCUGCUCUGAUAUUUACUGUAGCAGUGCUAGUUGCAGUUGCCGUUGUUCUACUUUAGUCGUCAUCUGCAAUGCUCUAGUAUAUUAGCUGAUAUCCACAAUCAGAGAACUUAGAGAUGACUCUCCUAUGGAGAAAGUAGCUUCACCUGAGCACACAUACAGAAAGGUGAUGUCUACUGGAACAGUGCAGACCACAUGGAAAAUGAGAGAAAAAGAGGCCAUUACACAGGCUAUGAAUAUGUAAAUAUAUGUUGUACUAGUAUCCAUUUGUUGUGCUGUCUAUUACAUGAGAAUAUGGCUUAGUCCUGUAAUAUGUUGGUCAUCGAUCAAUCUUCUGCUAGAGGAACCAAAAAAAAAAUGUUUUCAGUUGCUCCUUGAAAUAUAAUGUGUACUAAUUUUCACUA